CCACAACACACCAUGUAACGUGGGCAACGAUUCCCUCUGUCUACUCGGUGUGCGGGCUGAGUUCGUCACCAAUUCCAAAUGGUACGGGGACAGCUACAUAGUAAAAUGCCCAAACCAAACAGAUAACAUGGACUUUUACUGCAUGAACCCGGACACGACAAACAAGAACAUGUCUUCCAGAAUGUUGAGGACAAAUAAUUUCGACACGAGCCUGAUAAAACAGUUCCUACAUAUUCGCUUUAAUACCCCGGCUGGCACCUACGUAGCGUGUGGCCACAAAUUUUCAGUCGAUGCUAUAGCGAUGACCGUUGAUCUGGACAACACCCACACAAUCUACCUCGAUAUGUGGAGUUUGAACCACCGGCCGUCCAUCACCUUCACCCCCAUCCAGGGGGAGGUGUACACCCUGGUGGCCUACGACGCUGGGUACCUCAGCCUGGGUGGGAUCUGGGUCAACAUUAAGACUGCGGACACGUCUAGUGGAACCGAAAUCUACCCCUACAACGGACCAGUCAACCCACUGUAUGAGAAGCACAACUCUUUCGUCUUCGCGUUGUUCAAGCAGAAAAACGGAGACAUCACAGACAUAGCUGCCCAGAAGUCCCAAGUAUUAAAAACUGUAGUCGACAACGAUGGCAUCUACUAUCUUGACUCGUUCAUCAGCUCUAAUAAUCUGGAGGGACCUGUUGGUAUUGGGUUUAUCGCCGUGGCUGCUGAUGCAUUCGGUAUACAGUACUUCAUUGACAGAAAUAUUUUCAACAAUUGCCCAUACCUCGUAUCUUCCAACAAGGGUCUCCAAACGGCCCUGCGGAGUAUGGGGUACCAGCUGGACGGCAACAACAGUUUCACUGACUAUCGAGGCACAUUCCUGCUGGGUCUGCAGGUUGAUUUACAGGUCACCUACUACAGCCCCGAGGCCCACUUUGAUUCUUGCUGCACGCACAGCAUGCAGUCAAUGGUGGAAGUAAGAGUGGACCCACUUGCGACCACCACCCUCAUGCCCUUGCACGUCCGCAAUCAGCCUUUCAUUCAGCUACUUCCGAUUGAGAUGCGCAUGCCCACACCCGUCACAGGUCAGCUGUAUACCCUGCUUUUGCUGGACGUGACUGAGGCCAAAGCAAACAUCAGCAAUCCCAACACUGUUAUCCAUUGGCAGGUGGUGAACAUACCAGGCGACGACAUCCCAUCAGGGGACACCAUCCGGGGGUACUUGUCCCCCCUGCCGGCCAUCAAGAAAGACGUGCGCACCAUGAUGUUCCUGUUGCUGAGUCAGCCGUCCAGGGUGGACCCGGGGGCCUUGUGGUCUUACACUGGUACAGGAUGUGAUAGCAGGACCACACUUAGGUGUAAAUUUAACCUGGGUGCCUUCAUGAAGAACCUGAACUUCAAGCUCGUGGGUCUGACCAUGUUCUUGACUGAACAGGACGCCUUCACUAGAGCUGUCCUCUACGGCAGCGUCAACCUCAACGACAUCGCCACAUCAGACACCACGAACACCAUCUCGUUAAUCUCAAUGGACACUGCGUGCAAUGGGGUUUCCGGAUAUGCCAACCCGUGCCCGGAUGCCUGCAGCUCUACCAACCCAGGUGUUACCAACCCCGUCGCAGGGACCACCGUUACGCCCACGACAACCACCAUGAUGAUGCACGACCAUGGGAUGUAA